GUAAUUAGAAAGAAAUAUUCGCAUGCAAAUGACUUAAAUGGAUACAUACAGGCCAGGUUUUGUGAUCAGCCCCGGCCAGGGUUUGGAUUCCGCGCUGGAAGACAUAAGUCCGACCCAGCAGCAACUCAUUGGAAACAGACAACUUAUAACAGACAUGAGAGCUCAGAAUUUCGAUGUGAUCCGUUUUGCGACCUAUCGGACUGCCUGCAAGCUGAGAUACAUCCAGAAGAAGACGAAUUUGGAAAUGGUAGACAUCUGGAACAUCAUUGAAUGCUUUCGGGAAAAUGGUCUGAACACGCUAGAGGCCGACACAGAAUUGAAUACGUCACGAGUUGAGGCAAUUCUGUCGUCCAUUUUCUCCCAGCUCAACAAACGCGUUCCAGUCACCCGUCAGGUGGAUGUGAAAAUGUCGUCGGGUAUGCUGCUCAACUGGCUGAUCAGCGCUUAUGACAGCUCUUGUCAUGGUCGUAUUAGAGUGUUCAGCCUGAAGGUGGCGCUGUCCCAUCUGUGUGCAGGAAAACUCAUAGACAAACUUAGAUAUGUUUUCACUCAGAUAUCUGACUCAAGCGGGUUGCUAGUACGUCAAAAGUUUGAACAAUAUCUACAAGCUGUUCUUGCUCUGCCAACUGCUGUGUUUGAGGCUCCAUCUUUUGGCUACAACGAAACUGCGGUCAGGUCUUGUUUUGAUAUGAGGAGUGGUGUGAACAUCAACAACUUUCUGAAUGUGCUAGUUUCUGACCCUGGCCCACAAUGCCUCAUGUGGCUGCCCAUAAUGCACCGGAUGGUUCAGGUGGAAAACGUAUUCCAUCCGAUCCAAUGUGAGGGUUGCCACCGAGAGUCAUUCAUGGGUUUCCGGUACAGGUGUCAGCGUUGCCAUAACUACCAGCUGUGCCAGGACUGCUUCUGGCGCGGUCGCAUCUCUGGCAAUCACGCGCACAGCCACCAGAUGAAGGAGUACCUGUCUUAUAAGUCACCAGCCAAGCAGAUUGGACAUUCCAUAAAGAAAUCAUUCCACUGUGUACCUAGCAAGCCUAUAGAGGAAAAGCCACCACUGUUCCCUGAACUUCCGGAGAAAACAGUGGACCUGUCAUACAUAGUUAAUGAAUCUCCUACGGACUUUCACCCUGUUAUAGUUCCCGCCACUCCAAGCACUAUAAGGAAUGGUUUCCAUGGUUUUGGGAGAGACAGAUCCCCAGAUCUCAGCUCCAUAGGUUCAUCCCCACAGGUACACAGAAGCCCAGGGAAGACCAGUCUAGGCCCCUCCACACAGUCAACGGAUGAUGAACAUCGACUGAUAGCCAGAUACGCAGCAAGGCUAGCAGCCGACGUCAACAAAGCUACCCGGAGCCCAGCUGAGAUGAAUUUUGAAGUGGACACAAAUAAGGCACAGCGGGAAAUGAUUGGAAAACUGGAACAAAAGAACAGAGAAAUCAUGCGUGAAAUUCAGCGGCUGAGAAUGGAGCAGGAGGCCCAUGCCAAAAAGACGGCCAACACACAAUACAAUCCAACGCUGAUGGCCGAACUCAUGUUGCUACGACAACGCAAGGAUGACCUUGAGAACCGCAUGUCUGCCCUGCAGGACAGUCGCAAAGAUCUUGUUACUCAGCUCGAGGCACUGAUGAAAUUGCUGAAGAGUCAGCCCCCGUCCCCCCAGGCCAGUAUAGCCAGUGCCUCCUCACCCACCGCCAUCUCCCCAUACAGCCCCAGCCCUGGACGGCCCCUACCCCUUCUCAACACCCCAAACACCCCAAGCGACGUUCACACGAGUGGAUGCUACCAGCAUGGCCGCUCUAGCGUACCCAUCAUGUACCAGAACGCAUAUUACUCCUCGGACACGAAUACAAGCGCCAGUUCUUAUAAUAGCUACAGUCAUGGUCGACUGAGCGCACCAAUCAUUAGCCCAUCUUCUGAGCGCGGCGGGGGCGCUAGUUGGGCCGUGCCAAACACGCCCGGUCAGGAGUCUGUGACUUUAUCGGGGCUUGAGGGUGACGUACAGAUGGCAUUCUCUCAGCCGUCAAGUUCUGCAAUGAAUAUGAAGAAUCUGCGCAACGAUCUUCUGUCAGCUGCAGACAGCAUCACUGGGGCUAUGUCGUCUCUUGUGAAGGAACUGAACUCAGAGCAAAGUGACAGUGAUGACGAUGACCUUAACAGUGAGCUGGAGAUAGCAGAGAACUACAUGAUGCAGACCCGUGAGGACCUGGAGAGCUGGCAGCGGGAGGUGGAGAAGCGCCUCGACCAGGAGACCCGGUACGCGCCCGACCACCGGGCCUCCAACGGGCGAGCCAGCAACAGCGGGCGGGGGAGUGGCUACAGCUCUGGGAGCUUCCCACGCAGUGGCAGCGGAUACAGUAGCAGCGGGAACCAGAGCGAGGAUGAGGAUAAAGACAGAAUAUUGCGGCAUAUAUUUCCCCGCAUUGACUACACGACAGACGAUGGUGAAUCCUACGUCAGGACAGACGAUGAGAGCUACACACGUACCGAUGAUGAAGAUGCAGAAUUGUAUGAUAACCAUCCAAAGGAGCUACCAAACGAGAUGACAUCGAGUAAAUACUCGACAGAGGAGGAGGCUAACAUCCACUCUGACACAGACUCGUACAUACGCACAGACGACGAGGAUUGCAGCAACACUGACACUGACUGGGAGGAAAGCAUGAAACGAUGGAUCAACAGAUGAUGAUCUCAAACCUUUGGUCUGGCCCCUUUCAUGGGGUUAACCCUUUCCCUCAUAAGAAGCAAAGUAAAAAUGGCUUUUGCAACCAACAUAAAACCAGAACAGCCUGCGAGUAACACGCAGUCUGUUCAGGUUUUAUACUGUUUGCUACUCAUCAGUAACUAAGGGUUGGAAAUGAAGCCUUUAAAACUUGAAUUCAGUAAGAAAGGUAUUUUUUUAAAUGUCACUUUAUAAGGGACUACAAAUGCGUCAAAAUACCUAUCUUAGUGAUAAAAGGUCAAGUCCCUGGUACAGUUCAUAAACCCCAAGCUGGGAUGUUGGUGAACUUUGGUUUUGGCCUCAUUUGGUUCUACUUUCGAGUUAAAUUUUGUACCUUGGGGUUCGGAUCUACCUUUAGGGUUUUACUGUACAUUUGAUUUGGCUUUUCUUGAGGUUUUUACCUCGAGGGAUUAGGGGUUGGGUGUUUUACCUUGGAUUUGGGCUGUCACUUUUGUCUGGCAGAAAAAGUGUAUUAUGGUUCAGGUCAACAAAUUAUAACAUAACUAAUAUAUGGUUUAAAUAGCUGCUCAUAUGAUUAAUCUUCAGCAAUUACUUACAAUAAUUGUAAAAGAAUUUAAUCGCAAAUGGUAUCUUUGUUUGUUAUUUUUCUUCAUGUUCAAUAUAGCUGAGCAAAAACAAAAACAGCAUGAAAAUAAAACAUCUUAAGUUUGUAUAUUCACGCGCAAUCAUCUUUAAAAUAGUUGGUUAUAGUACAAUGGCGUAUUGGUGUUAAAUGUGUUCUGUGGCCAUAAAUCAUGAUUGUUUCUGUAAAUUUGUGUCUGUAUCAUUUCAAUUAUUAAUGAAUUUUUGUAAUUUUCAAAUUUGGAAAUAGUAGUCAACUGUGUUUUAUAUUGCUUUAUACGUUGCAUAGGUUUGGAAAUGAUUAAAAAUUGUUCUUGUUAAAAUGGCACUUUAUAUCAGUUUAUUGAAGUAAAUGUGAUUUAUAUUUAUGUGUUUGGGCAAGAAAUCAAUAUAGUCGUCAUUAAGAACCGGUUAACCCUUUACCACAUAGAUACAUACCGGUUAAUUGAAGAUUCUUAAUCUAGUGAUUGUAAAUCUGGGAGUAUGUGAGGCUGUUUUAAAAAAUUUGCCCUACAUGUACAUUGUUCAAGCACAAAAUACUUAUUUCAAUUUAAGCAAGUGUGACUGUUGAUAUAUACUUCAUAAUUUUAUUAUAUUGCUAGACGCUUUAACUGACAGCCAUUGAACGAAACACAUGAAUAUAAUGUCUGUCUGAUUAAAUACGCAAAUGUUAAGAAUCACCUUGGUUAGAUUUAAUAUAUUGUUUAUGUAAGAUCUAUUUCUGACUUGAUGUAUAUGAGUAUUUGUUAACCACCUUAGUACUGUUUAUUUAUUUACUUAUUUUUGUUUAAUUCAUUUAAAAAAUAGAACCAAAGGGCCCCUGUCAAUUUUGUCUUUUCAUAUAGAAUAAACGUAUCAGUAAUUAAAUACAUAUUUCUUUAAAAAUUCAGCUUAUUUUAUUAUAAAUAUUAACUGUAUCAGGAUGUUUGUGCUAUAUAAGAAAGAGCACAUACAAAAAGUGUAUGAUAAAAACUGUCACAGAUAAACAAAAUUUUGUUUUAAAGGGGCCUUUUCACAGAUUUUGGCAUGUUUUGAAGUUUGUCAUUAAAUGCUUUAUAUUGAUAAAUGUAAACAUUGGAUUUUAAAAGAUCCAGUAAUAAAGUCAAAAAUAAAAUUUAAAAAAGGAGAGGCGUAUUUUAUACGUUAUAUAAGCAAUCUUCGUAGUUUCACAAAUUUAAACGACAACAACAGAACUCUCCAAAUUAUUCAAUCGUUUCGCGUUGCAACACUUUAUAAUUUUUAGGUUUUUAAAUCGUCAAAAGAUGCAUAUAAUGGCUAGAUUAGACCAUGGUAAAUGUUCAAUUAUACUAUUUCCUUACAAAUAUCAUAACUUAAACGAAAAUUUGCGAAUCUGAAACAACUUUUUUCAAUUUUGUCAAUUUACCAAAUAGUGAAAAGAUCCCUUAUAGGUACAUGAUAUGACACACAAUAUGUAAUAGGCCUAAUGUGAGUUAUAACAUUAUUCAUAUCCCUUCUCGAAAAAUUGCACUAAAUGCGCAUUUAAUGCGCAUUAAAUGCACAUUUAAUGCGCAUGUUAUUGGCACCGUAUUUUUUGCUUAACAAGUGCACUUUAUUCUGUUAAAAAAACACUUUUUACUAGUGUGUUUAUACAUAUAAGUGUAUUUUGUUCCACGAAAUAAUACACUAAAGUGCGUUUAUUAUGAUAAUAAGUGCGCUUAAGUUUAUUUUUAGCGCAUUUAUACACUUGAGUGUAUUUUAAGACAUACAAAUAAUACACUUCAUGGUCAAAGUAAAUUUUUUAAAGCGCAUUAAUACACUUGAGUGCAUUUCCAGUCAUUUAAAUAAUACACAUUACAGAAUUAAAAGUGAAUUUUUUAAGUGCAUUAAUACACUUGAGUGCAUUUCCAGACAUACAAAUGAAACACUUUAUUGAGUAUUCAAAGUGAAUUUUUGUAAGCGCAUUAAUACACUCGAGUGCAUUUCAACUGAUCCAAAUAAUACACCUUACAAAAUUGAAAGUGAAUUUUUUUAAGCGCAUUAAUACACUUGAGUGCAUUCCCGGUCAAACAAAUAAUACACCUUACAGUAUUAAAAGUGAAUUUUUAAGUGAAUUAAUACACAGUGCAUUUUCAGUCAUACAAAUGAUACACUUUGUGAAGUGUUGGAAGUGAAUUUUUUAAGCGCAUUAUACGCUCAAGUGUACUUUUCAUCAAUUCAAAUUAAUAUGCUUAAAAAUUAACCAAAUUAAAAAAAAUCCCAGCUUUUUGAAGCCAGCAUUCAUUCUUUAAAUGAAAGGUUUGUGUAAACACAUACAUAAAAAACAAAAAGUACAAUUCAAUAGAUAAGUACAUACUUUUAUUAGAAUGUUAAAGCUUAAAAAACAAAAACAAAGGUUACAUAUCUACAUAAAAGAGAGGAUUCAAACGGGCAAUGGCCUAUCUCGAAUUAACAACUUAAAAUAUCAAGCUAAUACCAGUGAUUUUUCUCCCCUCUGAUUACCGGUAACUGAUUCACAGCCAAAUACAGGUGGUUUCCGCUUCAAAAAUAUUAAAAAAAUUUCCCUAUCAUUUACUAGAUUUUUAUAUAUUACAUUAAUUCCAAAACCCUUUUUAAUAUGGACAAAAGCAGCACAUUUAAUUCAAUCAUAUUCUGGAUCCUAAUAUAUGAUUAAUGAACAGUAUUCAUGAAAUUUAUAUAAAUCUAUACCUUAUUUUAAAGAUCUUCCUUUUUGUGUUCAUUAUUGCGCUAAAAUAUGCCCUUCUGAGAGCCAGUACGUACAGGUUGUUUUGAAUUUCCAAAGAAAAUCCCUGCAUACAUGCUGACAAUAUUUAGCAGCUUAGCCCCUGUCACUAUAUUUGUUGUUAUACACUGUUCCUUACAAAGAAUGCAUUCAUAAACCACCCUUUAUAGAGCAGUUCACCAGCUAAUCAGGUCUGAAUAAUACUGUCAUGGUCUUUGCGAGGCGCUUCUCGUGCAUGAUCUCAUUUGAGAUCAGGUCCUGAAAGAUAUUUUAUAAUGUAAGUGUUAAAUUUUGCGGUUAUGGUAAUCUUGUUCAACAGUUGCUAUAAAUAUCAUAAAUUUAAAUAAAACAAGCUCUUUUUUAUGAAGAUGCACUAAAACUACACUUGUACCGAAAGAAUAUUUUUUUGCAUAUCAGAAGAUGCACUAAUAUGCACAACAAAUGCACUUCAUUAAAAAAUGCACUUAUUGCAUAAAAAGAUGCACUUUGUCUACAGAAGAUACACUAAAAGUACAAUAAAAUACACUUUAAGAUAAUGAAAAUACAGAAAAAAUGCACUUAUGUGCACUUAAUUAUGAAAAAAAGUGCAGAAAAAAUACACUUUUCUGUAAAAAUGCAGAAAAAAUACACUUUAAAGCGUAUUUUGUUAAAAAGUGCUUUUUAUUUUGAGAAGGGUUAUUAUGCAUGGGUUGAUCAAAUUUAAUCAUACACUGAUAUAAUUUGAUUUCAGUUAUGAAUAUUAAUCAAUUAUGGAUAUGACUCUUUUACAAAUGGUCAUUUACAUUGUAUAUAUUUGACAACUUUAUAAAUUGUUCUUUUCAUUUGUUUGCAUAUCUGAAUAUGUCUGAUAAAAAUAUUUCCAUCUACACAAGAACAAUUGUAACUUAUUGUAUUUACAUUUAUUAUUAAUACUGUUUAGUUUUCUGUAUUUCCAUGUUCUGUUAAAUAUUGUCAUACAAGUGUUUGUGUAGUUGUUCGUUUUUGCUAGUUAAUGUCUUGUAUUCAAAUAUAUUUCUCCUUUGUUCCUCCGGAGUGGUCGAAACCAGUAUGGAACUAAACGGAUACUCUAUAUCAGUCAUAUCGAGAUUCGGGUCUGUCUGUUUGUCCUUCCAUCAACAAGACCUGCCAUUUCUCAAGAUUAUCUGAAGAUAUCUUGAGGAAACUUUGAACUCGAGUAUCCACAAACCUUUUUCCACCAGAGAUAAAUGUAAAACAUUAUUUUUAACAUGAUACUGGGUAAACAAAUUAAGCUAUAGGUUUACAAAUCUGUCUGCUAACUUCUUCCUCUGUUUGUCCCUCUGCAAACACUGAAAUCAUUAGGAAAGUAUAUAUAAUAAAACUUGAUCGGCCCAUUAUACAGAAAUUACUUAGGAUUCUUGGACAAAACUUGGUUUAUGUGAAGGACCAUGCGUGGAUUUUUCAAGACUUUUCAGUUUUUACAAGAUCAAAGGCUGGUGAAUGUAUUUACCAAAUAAUUCUUGGACAGAAGUCUAAAGUUAAAUAAUAUUUGCACACAAAAUAAUAUUUCUAAAAGUUACUAUCGAUCAAGAAUGAUAAAGAAGCUUGAUAUGCAUAUUAAAAGUGAUGAGAUGAUUUGGGGUGAUCCUUCAUUUAUGCCGAUGUCAAUUGUCAGGUGAAAUACUUAAAUAGAAUAACACCAAAAUAUGCAAUUUCUGGAAAGGUACAUAAGAGAUAGCCAUGAGACUUGGUAUACCCAUUAAUUGAAAUGUGAUGGCCACUCAUCAUGCGAAUGUUUACAACAACAAAUAUUGCUGUGCUUAAUGGAUAUUUUAUUUCAUGAUGAAACAUUUCAAGUGUGGCUUUCUGCUUUAUUUAGUCGUACAGUUUUCAUUUGAAUCUUUACAUAAUUUUUGGGAAAUGUUUCUUGGCAUAAAAUGGAGGCCAAGUUUGGUGAUCAAACAAUUCACAUCAGGAUCUCAAGAUUUUUAGGCUUUUGUUUAUACAAAAAAGCACAAAUCGCCAUUACUGCUCUUAUAUUUUUUUAUUUUUUGACCAUUUUCAUCUAACUAUUUCUUAAAAUAUUUUGUUCACAUAAAAUCAAUUCCAUGUUCAAUUGCCAGCCAAUUCACACCAGACACUUCAGAGUUUUUGCCCUUUGUAUAUAAAAGAAUGUGAAAUUCACCAUUUCUGCUCUCUCAGUCAAUCAUUUUUCGUCGGUAUGACCAAACAUUGUUAACAUGUUAAAUUACCUGAAACGGAGGUCAGGGUUUUAAAAUCCAUAUAGCUGAAGGCUUUUACAAUUAUAUUUCCCUUUGUUCAUACCAAAAAAUGCUGAAUUAUUUGCUGUUUGAGAUCUGUUAACACAUUCACUUUUUGCGAAAUCUUCACCAAAUUUUCUAGAUAUGUAUGUUCACAUAAAAUGUAAGUAAAGUUUGUAAACCUGCAUAUAAAGGAUAUGCCAUUGGAUCCAUGUUUAUGAUGGACAAACAUUUCUGUCCAUGACCUUAUUGUCCCCUACCGGUGAAACCGGAGGGGACUUAUGGUUUGCGCUCUUUGUGUCCGUCAGUAUGUCAGUCAGUCAGUCUGUCACACUUUUCUGGAUUCUGCGAUAACUUUACAAGUUCUUAAUAUUUUUUCAUGAAACUUGAAACAUGGAUAGAUGGCAAUAUGGAGAUUAUGCACGUCAUUUCAUUUGGUUUCUACGUCAAAACUUUUGGUUGCUAUGGCAACAAAUAAAAAAAAAUACUUACAAUGGUGGAGUUGUAGGGGACCAUAUUGCUUGGCAAUCUCUUGUUUUUUCUAUUUUUCAGUGUUAAAAUAUUAAAUAUUUUGUUGUAUGACUAACAAAAAACUAACAUUGAAUUUAUUGAGUGGCCAUGAUGCCUUUUACACUUUGGUUUUCACACACCUGGUUUGUUCUAAUAUUGUGUUCAUUGUUUACUUUUAUUAUUUUAAUUGCAUUGUUUGUUUUGGUUAUAUUUUGUGUUCUGUUAUGUGUUAUGUUUGACAAUAAGGCUCAUGUAUAUCUAGCUCAAUCAAUCCUUACAAAAGGUUGUAUAUUUUUAUUUGGAUAAAGAUCUGUAUAACAGGUCAUUAAGCUCCACAUUCAAACUUCAAUUUGUAUAACCCGGUAUAGUAAAAUGUAAGUCCUAUUUAUCGGGACUUUUCACCUAAUAGACUGAGCUAUGCUACUAGCCCAAAUGUCGGCAUCAUGAUUUGAGUCGCGUGCUGAGAAAACUGGGCUUAAUGCAUGUGCGUAAAGUGUCAUCCCUGAUUAGCCUGUGCAGUCUGCACAGGCUAAUCAGGGACGACACUUUCUGCCUUAACUGGAUUUUCGUGUAGAAGAGACUUCCUUGAAACGAAAAAUACCAUAAAAGCGGAAAGUGUUGUCCCUGAUUAGCCUGUGCAGACACUUCGCGCACAUGCAUUAUGCCCAGUUUUCUCAGAACACGACUCAUUUGCAUAGGUGUCUGCUAAAUGUAGUGGUCAUAGAGUACACAUGCAACCUCUCCAUAUCCCUGAUCAUACCUCAAGUAUUCAAUAGAAACUUCACACUUGUGUUCGGGGUCAUUGUGUUAGAUCACUGUCAAAAAUCCAUAACUCUUACCUGGGAACAUUUUCCGUUUGUUUGUACAAAGAAAAUACAUCGGUUAAGUUAAUUGUGCAACUGCACCAUACCAUGGUUUUACACUACCGGUAUAGUUUUUCUGUUGAAACUUCCUUCACACAUGUGUUUGAGUCCUUGUGUAGGGCCAUUGACAAAGUUGCAUAAUUGGGAUCUGCAAUUUAGUAGAUUUAUUCAACUAUUUGCACUAAGAAAAUAAGUUACAUAAAAGUUAAAGAUAUAGUAGUAUACCACUGUUUCUUUUAGUUUUCAAAUGCAUUGCAAAUUUUAUUUAGUCUUAUUUUACAUAAUUUGUUUUUAAAUCCUUUGUUGUGAUUUAUUUUGUUUUAUUAGUUAUUUUAUUUUGUGUGUGUUAAACUAAGGCCAGCACCCUUUCACACCUAAACUAGAUACAUAUUAUACAGCCAAAAAAUGACUUGGGUCCCAUCUGUUAUAAAUGACAUACCUUUAAUAUUUGUAUACAUUACAGCUAGCAAUUCUGCUUUGGAAAACUGGUGUGUAAAACAACGUUGAGUUAAUGAUAAGAGUGGAGGCGAUUGUCGUCCAAAUGGAUAUGUCUAAGUUAAUAUGAGUGAAUUUUGUUAUGUAUAUGUAUAUAAGUAAUACUUCUUGCAGAUAAUCAGCAAUUCUAUCAAAUUAUUUAAUUUGUUAUACUUGAAUUUAUUAUUUUAUAGUUUGAAGAGUAGCGAUCUGUUAUUCCGUAAGUGGAUUGAUUAUUGUAAAAGUGAAAUCAUGCAUUUGGUCAAUGUCACAUUUGAGAAAUAUACUUAAAUCGCGACAACAGUUAAGAAGUACUGGCAUAUACAUGUUGUAAUAAGUUUUCUCAUUAUGUGUGUGAAACAUCAAUAGUUUUAAUAUUUAUUGCAAUUAAGUGUGGAAAUCCGUGUCCUUCAGACAUAUUGCUAGUUAAUUUCUUGAGAAAUUUUAAUAUAAACAACACUUAAUUUUCAACACAAAAAUAGUGGAAACAAAAUAAUUGAAAGUUGAUUCUUUUUAUGUAAAGGGCCUACUGUUGCAGCAAAUAGAAUCUUGCAAUUUCUUUAUUUUUCUCAUAUCUGCUAUAUUUAAUUCAAUAACACACACUGUUACAGUUAUCAGACAGUUGACUUAAAUUUGAUCAUCUUGAAAAAUAUGUGACACUUAUUUGCCUUAAUAGUUGUAAUGCCCAUGUUUUUAUGUCCCCCACUAUAAUAGUGGGGGGCAUAUUGUUUUUGCCCUGUCUGUUGGUCUGUUUGUGCCAACUUUAACAUUUUGCAAUAACUUUUGCUAUAUUGAAGAUAGCAACUUCAUAUUUGGCAUGCAUGUGUAUCUCAUAAAGCUGCACAUUUUGAGUGGUGAAAGGUCAAUGUCAAGGUCAUCCUUCAAGGUCAGAGGUCAAAUAUAUGUGGCCAAAAUCGCUCAUUUUAUGAAUACUUUUGCAAUAUUGAAGAUAGCAACUUGAUAUUUGGCAUGCAUGUGUAUCUCAUGGAGCUGCACAUUUUGAGUGGUGAAAGGUCAAGGUCAAGGUCAUCCUUCAAGGUCAGAGGUCAAAUAUAUGUGGCCCAAAUCGCUUAUUUUAUAAAUACUUUUGCAAUAUUGAAGAUAGCAACUUGAUAUUUGGCAUGCAUGUGCAUCUCAUGGAGCUGCACAUUUUGAGUGGUGAAAGGUCAAGGUCAAGGUCAUCCUUCAAGGUCAGAGAUCAAAUAUAAGUGGCCCAAAUCGCUUAUUUUAUGAAUACUUUUGCAAUAUUGAAGAUAGCAACUUGAUAUUUGGCAUGCAUGUGUAUCUCAUGGAGCUGCACAUUUUGAGUGGUGAAAGGUCAAGGUCAAGGUCAUCCUUAACAAGGUCAAGGUCAUCCUACAAGGUCAAACAUCAUAUAGGGGGACAUUGUGUUUCACAAACACAUCUUGUUAAUCAUGAUAUCCUUCUGUUUUCAAAGGUUGUGACCAUAAAGCCUUCAUAUUGUUGUAGAAAGGGAUUAUUUUAUUGUAGGCAAUUGUUAUGUAGUGUGUAAACCCUAUUUAUUAGGAUGUGUUGUACACAGGCCAUUUAAAUGCUUAGUUUUUUGCAGAUGUGACUCAAUUAAUAUUGUGGCACAGUGUGAUAUUACACAGUUCUAUCUAGAUGUUAAGGAACACAUUUUUGAUACAGUCUUUUGGCAUUUUCAAUGUAUUCUCUUCUGACACUAGUUCACACAGUUUUUGGAGUAUAUUCUAAACUGCUACAAAAUGAAAUUUUAUUGUGACAAAUCUUCAUUAUUAUCACGAUUUUUAUUUCACUAAUGUUCAGCAUUUGUUUACAAAUCAAUAGUACGCAAAUUGCCUGUAAGUAUCUUAAUUUGGUUUUUUUAAAGCAUCUUCUGACUUAGUCCUCUUUGCCCAUUUUGGCUUGCCAUCUGUUUCUGCUUUAAGCUCAAUGCCUGGUCUCAUUACAUGUAAGGUGAAGAGGCUUCUUAAGCCAUUCUGGUUCUUUUUUCAUAUUUAAGACAUAUUAACAUUAUAAUUAAAAAAACAUUAUUGUUUUUGCAUAACCAAAAUUAUCAUUCUAAUUUGUGUUUUUCUUGAUUCAUCAAUGUGCUGCAAGUGAAUAGGUAUUUUACAACUAUUAUUUGAUCUGCAAAAGCUCUUUAUUGAACCAAUAUUUUAAUUCAAUUUCUUAAUUUAACUUGCUUUCAGUAUUAAUACCGGUUUACAUAUUUUAACAAUUUUAUGUCCAGAAUUUACAAUUUAAUAAUAAUUACUGAUUAUGAAGACGUAAUUUGAGUAUUGCAAUACGUUUUAGUUAUAAGUUUUACUUUUGGUUGUUUGCCACAUUGAUAUAAAUAUUAUUUUAGCUUUAUUCAUCCAUGCUUGAUUUAUAUUUUAUACCGCAAAAAUUGCACAUACCAUGGUUUCGUUUUGUACCAUAAGCUGUGAAUGACAACAAUAAAUUGAACAAAAAACGUUAGGCUUAAAUAUCAAAAUAUUUUAUUUAUACAAUUAUUUACUUGAUUUGUUAUGGGUUUUUUUUGUUUUGUAUUAACGUCUAUAUAACAUUGACCUGUUGAGCUGUUAUUGCAUUAAACGAUUAGAAAACCGAG